AUAAGGAAGUUGUUUUCUUUUCUUCCCGAUUCUUAAAAUGCUAUAAAGCUAAGAGAGCAAAGUGUGGGUUUCACAGGACACCAUGACCUUCACAUUCAUACUGCUGUUGCUCUGUGCCUUUUGGGGAGCUGAAGGCACUUGGAUUGUUGGUGGCAAAGACGCUGUCCCGCACUCGCGGCCGUACAUGGCCUCACUGCAAAUCGAACGUCAACAUAUCUGCGGCGGAGUGCUCAUCAGAGAGGAUUUUGUGCUCACAGCAGCACAUUGCGACUUAAUGAUACCAUUCACAGUUGUGCUUGGAGCAGAUACACUGGAAGCCAAUGAGCCAACAAAGCAGAGUCUUCGUGUUCUCAGAUCCUUUCCCCAUCCGAACUACAAUGAACUUGCAAAUGACAUCAUGCUGUUGAAGCUUAGCAGCAGGGCAAAUCUCACUAAAGAAGUGCAGUUGAUCUCUCUGAAGUCUGAUCGCGUCAAAACAGGAAGUAGUUGCAUCACAGCAGGGUGGGGGGACAUAGCGGACAACAGAACGUUGGCAAACAGGCUGCAGGAGCUCAAUGUCACAGUUAUGGCACCACGUACAUGUCAGAGAAGAUGGAGAGAAGUUCCCAUAGCCAGAUCGAUGGUUUGUUCCAUGGGUUCACGAAACAGACAGGGCUUCUGCUCGGGGGAUUCAGGAGGCCCCUUGGUGUGUGACGGAGCUUCAGCUGGUGUCGUCUCCUUCUCCGGGCGUCGAUGUGGAGACCAAAGGACUCCUGAUGUUUACACACGUGUUGCCUCUUUCAGGCAGUGGAUUGAAAAAGUGCUGACUGAAAAUUAGAUAAAAUACCUUUACUUGGUACUUUUUCUACUUUCAAAGGCAAAACGAACAAAUUGUUCUGUAUUCCUAAUCUAAAUUUUCUUUUACUGUAAAGUCUUUACUACCUUUAAAAGUUACAUAAAAGGUCUGCAAAAAUUCAUUAAAUCGCAACAGUGAGUGGGUGAGGAGAGGGGAUUAGAAUGUAUUCAUUUCUUAUGGAAAACAGGAUCUGAUGCAAAAAUAUCAAAGAUGGAUAAUGGAUAGAGCUUGUGAAAAUCUGUUGCUUUCAAUCCUAUAUUGUGAUGGUCAAUUAAUAAAUUAUCACUUUCAUAUGCACAUUUCUAUUACAAGUGAACCCAGGUCAAAAUACAAUUAACUAAUUUUGGUAAUCUUGAAUUAAAUGUUUUUAACUGCGUAUGGAAACUUCUUGGGCCACCGUAGUUUGAGAUUUGGCAUCAUUGUUAUAUACAUCAUACAGCAUGUCGUCACUUUCCUAAAAUAAUGGCCUAAGUCAUGUUUUGGCAAAAAAAAAAAAAAAAAAAAUUUUGCCAAAAUCCCUCUUGUAAAAAAAUGACUUAUUAUUUGAGGACAAUGUCAGAACAUAUGAAUAUGUGUUCCAAUUUAAUAACUCAUUUCUAUUAAUUUAUAAGUAUAAUGUGUAACUUUGAGUAUCCUCUUUAUAAUACAGAGUAUUUUCAGUUGGAGGCUUCUUCAUAACCACUGCAAUGCAUAUCUGUAGAGGAGAUCCUUCCUGCCCACACUCAUCAUCCAUUGCAACUUUUAAGUAUCUUGGAUAAUAGGAGUUAAGAUAACAUUUAAUUAACAUUGUGAUCAAUAAAGUACUUUUCAAUUUGAA